AACUAGUGAAGAUAAAGGAAAUGAGGUAUGCUGGUGACUACCCUCCCUAAUCUAAUUUGUUCAGUGUGGUUGACUCUCGAGCCGGUGUGGGAAAAUAUUUCUGCGAGACCUAAGGAGCCACACAAAAUUACACAAAAUUACGUUGGGUGCAAUUUCACACAUACUACACAUCCAGGUUUUUUCAGGCUGCAUUUGUAUGCAGAGACACAACGUAGAACGUUUAGCUUUAUCAGGGACUCAGUCAUUUCUCCUCAGUCAUGCACAGGCUCAUGACAACUUACGAGACUUUACCUUUGAUAAAGGUUUCUUUUUCCUCUAAUAGUAUCAGUAUCAACAGUCAAAGGAAGAAACCAAAACUGUGGUGUUCCAUUCUCAAGAUGGCACUGUGCAAACUCUUUACUCUGGUUCUAGUCGGUGUUGUGGUGUUUGCGGUGAGUGGGAUCUUUGGAGACCCCCUGUUUGAGUGCCUCAAGGACACUGACUACAGUGAGCUUCUCGACAUUGUGGAUAAAGGUCUUCCGGCCACUAAAACACCUCGUCAUGUUGCAAUCAUCGGCGGGGGCAUCGCUGGACUCACCGCUGCAAAGUUUUUAGAAGAUGCCGGACACAAGGUGACCAUAAUAGAAGCCAGUAACCGUAUUGGAGGACGUGUGGAGACCUUCAGGAACAAUAGAGAAGGCUGGUAUGCAGAAGUGGGUGCCAUGAGGAUCCCUAGCUUUCAUAAAAUUCUGCUUUCCUUUGCCUCAAAAUUACAAAUUUCCCUAAACCACUUCAUCCAAGAUGACAUUAACACCUACUAUUUGGUAAAUGGCGUGCUAGAGAAAACCUAUGCCGUGGAAAACAACCCUGGUGUGCUCAACUACAGCUUAAAUGAAAGGGAAAGGGGGAAGUCAGCAGCUCAACUCUUCAGUCAGACACUCUGGAAGGUGAAGGAUGACCUGAAGGCAAUGGGCUGCAGUGCCAUGUUGGAUAAAUAUGAUGCAUACACAGUGAAGGAAUAUCUGGUGAAGGAGGGUAACCUGAGUCGUGGUGCCUUGAGGAUGAUCGGGGACAUCCUGAAUGAAAACAGCCUCUUCUACACAUCGCUAAUAGAGAUGUUGUACAUACAGUCAGACAUCAAUGACAACACUGAGUACUACGAAGUGACAGAUGGUUUUGACCACCUCCCAAAGGCUUUCUAUCAGGUGUUAAAUGCAACGAUCCUCCUCAACUCCAAGGUUAGGCUGAUCAAUCAAACACACGGCACCAAUGUGACAGUAACUUACCAGGACUGGCGUAAUCCAGGCGCCCUGACCAACCUAACAGUGGACUAUGCCCUGGUGACAGCCACAGCCAAGGCCACCGUCUUCAUUGACUUCCAGCCCCCUCUCUCUGGGAAUAAGAUAGAGGCUCUGCGCUCAGUUCAUUAUGCCAGCUCCACCAAGGUGAUACUCAGCUUCAGGGAGCGCUUCUGGGAGAAAGAGGGUAUCAGAGGAGGGAAGAGCAUCACAGACCGACCUUCUCGCUUCAUCUACUACCCCAGUCACAGCUUCCAGGGUACAGCUGCGGGGGCCCUCCUGGCGUCCUACACCUGCUCUGACGAUUCCACCCUCUUCCAAGGGAUGAGCGAGGAGGAACUGAUGGCCGUUGUCCUGGAGGACUUGGUGAAGAUCCACGGAGAGGGCAUCAGGCCACAGUUUACAGGGGGGCUGGUAAAGAAGUGGGGAUUAGAUCCUUACAGUCUGGGAGCCUUUGCCAUGUUUACACCCUACCAGCAGGAACACUACGCUAGAGACCUGUUCCAGAGUGAGGGACGGGUGCACUUUGCAGGAGAACACACAGCCUUGCCCCAUGGGUGGAUUGAAACUGCCAUGAAGUCUGCACUCAGGGCAGCUAAACAUAUUAACAGCCUUACACUUUAGUUGAAUGCGAUUUAUUUUCUUGUGUUCCUCCAUUUAUAAUGUAUUCGGUUUAGCAGUACAUCUUGUGAACUUGUCACAUGUCUUGCCUGUUAAAAUGAAAUGAAAUAUUUACUUGUACUUUAACUACUUCACAUUUUUAUUAACUUUCAUUGUCACUAUUAAUAUCCUAUCGAGGUCUCUUUCAUGAUUUUGUUUGUCUCUUAGACUGCUCUGCUUGUUGGUAUGUAUCAAGACAAUGGAUAUAAUCAUUUGUUGAUUGUGGAUACUGGAUUCAGGCUGGAUUUCCUGUUUAUUGAUCCCCAGUGGGGAAAUUACACGUUACACUCUGCUUUGUUAGUAAUCACUUCACACAGGACUGAAAUACACACACACAUGCUCAAGACCUAUUCAUGCACAAAUGGAGAGAUGUCAGAGUGAGUGGGCUGCCAGUGCUGGACCAGGACCCUGAGCGGUUGGGGGGGUACGGUGCCUUGCUCAAGAACAGUGCCUAGGAG